AUGAGCAUCAUCCCCCCCUAUCGGUUGAAUGAGAAGUCGCGUGCCGUCUCGGACGUCUACGAUAGCAUCGAUGUCAUCAUCGACGAGACGAUGGAGAGGGACAGGGAGUUCGAGUUCGAAGCGAAGAGGUCAUUCAUCGGAGUCGAAGGCCUGAGCGACGUCGAGGAUCUCAUGGCGUAUCCUCUGCGGGAAGACAAGCAACCUCUCUCGAAUGAGACGGUCCCAGAGAAGUUUUUGGGUCUGGCCACGAUGGUCUAUGAUGAACGCCGCACGGAAAUCAUCCUGGACGCAGUGCGACGUUUUCCUGAUGGGUCGGUAUACAAAUGA